GGGCCCGGGUUCCUGAUGAGCAUCGCGUUCCUGGACCCGGGCAACCUCGAGGGCGACCUCCAGGCCGGCGCGGCGGCCGGCGACACGCUGCUGUGGCUGCUCCUCUGGACUACGGCCAUGGGCCUGCUGGUGCAGCUGCUCUCGGCCCGCCUCGGCGUGGCCACGGGGAAGCACCUCGCCGAGCUCUGCCGCGACGAGUACCCGUGCUGGGCGCGCCGCGCGCUCUGGCUCAUGGCCGAGGUCGCCAUGGUGAGCGCCGACAUCCAGGAGGUCAUCGGGAGCGCCGUGGCCAUCAAGAUCCUCACCCAUGGCCUCCUCCCGCUCUGGGCCGGCGUCGUCAUCACCGGCUUGGAUUGCUUCAUUUUUCUCUCCCUGGAGAACUAUGGGGUGAGAAAGCUGGAAGCUUUGUUUGCAGUUCUCAUUGCAACAAUGGCCUGGUCCUUUGCUUGGAUGUUUAUAGACACCAAGCCCAAUGGGAAAGACCUGAUUAUUGGCAUUAUUGUCCCCAAGUUGAGCUCAAGAACAAUCAGGCAAGCCGUUGGGCUCGUGGGAUGCGUCAUCACGCCUCACAACGUGUUCCUCCAUUCUGCCCUUGUACAGUCGAGAAAAAUCGAUCCCGGUAACGAAUGCCAAGUCGGCGAAGCCCUGAGGUACUACACCGUCGAAUCCACCGUGGCGUUGGUGGUUCCCUUCAUGAUAAAUCUGUUCGUCACAGCAGUUUUCGCGAAAGGGUUCCAUGGCACCGAAGAGGCAGGCAGCAUUGGCCUCGAGAACGCUGGCCAUUACCUGCAGGAGAAGUUUGGGGGAGAGUUCUUCCCUGUCCUUUACAUCUGGGGCGUUGGGCUUCUGGCCGCCGGCACGAGCAGCACCAUCACCGGAACCUAUGCUGGACAGUUUAUAAUGAGUGGGUUUCUGAACUGGAGGCUGAAGAAAUGGAUCAGGGCACUGAUCACUAGAGGCUUUGCAAUUGUGCCGACCAUAGCUGUUGCUCUGUGGUUUAACACGUCUGAUUCUGCACUGGAUGUUCUGAAUGAGUGGCUCAAUGUGCUCCAGUCGAUUCAGAUACCUUUUGCGCUUAUCCCACUGGUGACAUUGGUAUCCAAGAAACAGGUCAUGGGAGUGUUCACAAUUGGUCCAAGAACACAAAUUGCGACCUGGAUAAUUGCAUCCGUACCGAUAAUUGUCAAUGGGUACCUCUUGAUAGAUUUCUUCUCUUCAGAAAUGAGAGGCGUAUUAUCAGGUGCAGUUAUCUGCGUGCUGGUGCUUGGUUAUACCUCAUUCCUGCUUUAUCUCAUCCUCCGGGGAGUGAAGCUGCAAGGCUAACUGUAUAUAUAUAUGAGGAUCAUGGCGUACUUGUACUGGUAGAGGGUAAAUAGAACUGAAAUUACUGUUGAACUCUUUUGUACAACGCGUUGGUUGCAUAUAGAACAGAAUAACCAGCAUUAUCGUAUAUAAUAUUUGAUGAUUUGAGGUGAUGAUAGAGAAACAGACAAAACGGGAUUACGGGAAACGGGAGAUAAUCUGGGAGUGACUUUUUAUCUCCAUUAAAACCGGAAAGAGACUGGCAGCUCAAAUGAGUCUCUUAUCCUCUGUCACGUUGCAAAAAAUGGAGUGGCAACAACAAUCUUUCCCCGAUGAUACGGAAAUAAA